CGUUGAGUUUUGUAUGUACUGGAAAAUCUCUUUAGUUUGGAGGUUGAUGCAUUAAAACCUGGCGACCUCAAUAUCAAGCUUAAUGACAGUAUUCGGAUUGGCGAUUGUUUUAAGUCGAAGAUACACCGUGGGAUAGGGAUUCGAGCUCCAUGGGCAUGGAGAAAACAGUCGCCAUCCAAAGCGCCAAAGCAUUUGUUGCAGUCCACUGUGGCGCAGGUUUUUAUGCCAGCCACAAUAAUAGUUUAUUUAUCUCGCUUUGUCGCAGUGUCUGCAGUGAGGUUUUGCGGACCUUGGAAAAUGGCUCAUCAGCGGUGGAAGCGGUUUGCGCUGCCGUCGUGGCGCUCGAGAAUAAUCCGUUGACGAAUGCCGGAGUGGGGUCCAAUUUAACCCGAGAUGGAACUGUCGAAUGUGAUGCUUCGGUCAUGGAAUCUUCGAACAAUCUGUUUGGUGCAUGUGGUGCGGUUAAAGGGGUGAAAAAUCCCGUUCUUCUGGCUCGUGAAAUUCUUCAUCAACAGAUGUCGCCGCGUGACGGUCUUGUGGCUCCUAUGAUAUUCGUCGGCGAUGGAGCGGUACAGUUUGCAAAAUCCCAGAAUGUGGAGACUGUGGACCUCAGUUUCCACCAGACGGAACCGCGGCUGAAGAAGUAUAACGAGAAGAAACGCAGUCUGCAUUGCGUUGAUACUUCCACCGCUUCUGGUGCGCCGAAUGAUGCGGAAUCCGAAUUGGAUACCGUGGGAGCAAUCGUUGUGGAUAUGCACGGUGUGAUAGCGGUGGCGUCGUCCAGUGGGGGUGUUGCGUUCAAAUAUUCCGGAAGAAUCGGGCAGGCGGCAACAUACGGAGCCGGUAUUUGGUGUGAAACUGUUGGUGCGGAUGGGUUCGCCUGUUGCGUGUCGGGAACAGGGGAGCAGAUUAUACAGACCUCCUUGGCCAAAGCAUUUUGUGAUGCCUUACAACAGGAUGAUGUGUCCUUAGAGUCGGAGGUCAGCAGUGCAUUCCUUAAUUCCAAAAGAAUUACCGGCUGCCAUCCGCGUUACAUGGGUGCACUGGUGCUGCAGGUUUCAGACUGGCUGCAGUCAGCCAAAGGAUUUUUGCAUGUGGUUCAUACUACUCCGGGAUUCUGUUGGGCGAUGGCUAGCAGUAACCGUAAAAAUCCUCAGGCGCAACUCAGUCGUCUUCUUCUUCCCCGGGAUGCUUCCAGUUCCACUAAUGUGCAAAGCGUGGCUGUGCUGGGAUAUUCUGUAUAACUCAAAGUUCUUAAAAACCACAAUUUAGAAUUUUAGAGUUUGGUAAAUUGUUUGCGGUUAUUGGUUGAUACUGAGAAAUUCCGUCCGUUUUGGAUGCGCGUUUGAUUUGUAUGCAGUUAGGCUUCUUUGUGGCGCAAGCUGGUUUCGUAUUUUUAUUCCAGUGUUUUUAAUUUUUUCGGGAAUGCAUGCACUGAGCGGCCUAGAUUUAUGAAAAGCUACCGUUUAAUGG